UCCUGACAGACCCUGACCGCUUCGCUGCGUGAGUGAGUGUGUGUGUGUGUGUGCAGGAGUGUGUGUGAGCGUCUCAGUCCGAGUGCAGCCAUGGCCAAGCUGGUGGAGUGUGUGCCUAACUUCUCCGAGGGACGAAAUAAAGAGGUGAUUAAAGCCAUCGCUGAUGCGGUUUCCGUGACGGAGGGCUGCAGCGUGCUGGACGUGGACCCCGGGGCCUCCACCAACCGCACCGUCUACACGUUCGUGGGCUCCCCGCAGGCUGUGGUGGAGGGAGCGCUGAACGCCGCACGCGCUGCUUUCACCCUCAUCGACAUGACCAAGCACAAAGGCGAGCACCCUCGGAGCGGCGCUAUGGACGUGUGUCCCUUCAUCCCAGUGCAGAACACCAGCAUGGAGGAGUGUGUGAUGUGCGCUAACGAGUUUGGGCGGAGGUUAGCGGAGUUACUGCACGUCCCAGUGUAUCUGUACGGCGAGGCGGCCAGGAGUGAAAGCAGACGUUCCCUGCCGUCUGUCCGCGCAGGAGAGUAUGAGGCUCUACCGGAGAAGCUGAAGAAGGCCGAGUGGGCUCCGGACUUCGGGCCUGCCACCUUCGUCCCUUCGUGGGGCGCUACAGUCACCGGAGCUCGGAAGUUUCUCAUCGCUUUCAACGUGAACCUGUUGAGCACCAAGGAACAAGCUCACAGGAUCGCUCUGGACAUCCGGGAGCAGGGCCGGGGCAAAGGGCAGGCGGGGCUGCUGAAGAAGGUGCAGGGGAUGGGCUGGUACCUGGAUGAGGAGAACCUGGCUCAGGUAUCCACCAACAUCCUGGACUUCGAGGUCACUCCACUCCACACUGUCUACGAGGAGGUCUGCAGAGACGCAAGGGAGCUGAGCCUGCCGGUGGUCGGGUCUCAGAUUGUGGGUCUGAUUCCUCUGAAGGCGAUGCUGGACUGCGCAGAGUUUUACAUCCAAAAGGAGAAACUCUUCAUCCUGGAGGAGGAGCACAAAGUGCGGCUGGUCAUUAGUAAACUGGGUCUGGACUCUCUGGGGCCGUUUGUUCCUAAAGAGAGAAUCAUUGAGUACAUGGUGGAAGCCAAUCAGGUCGAGGGACAGUUGGCGUCUCUUUCUCUGCGCCAGUUUGUCCAAAGCGUCGGGGCUCGAACCCCGGCACCUGGAGGCGGAUCCGUUUCUGCGGCGAUCGCUGCCAUGGGUGCGGCUCUAGGCUGUAUGGUGGGACAGAUGACGUACGGUAAGAAGCAGUUCGAGGCGUUGGAUGGUGUGAUGCGGAGACUCAUCCCUCCUUUCCACCAGGCUAUGAAGGAGCUGCUGCUGAUUGUGGACGCUGAUUCCACUGCCUUCAACAGCUACAUGGCUGCAAUGAAAUUGCCCAAAAGCACAAGCGAGGAGAUUCAGAGGAGAGACGAGGCCAUGCAGGAUGGACUGAAGGAAGCUGUGAGUGUCCCUAUGUCUCUGGCUGAGAGAGUGACGGCGCUCUGGCCCGCGCUGAAGGAGCUGGUGAUGUACGGCAACCUGGCCUGCAGAUCAGACGUCCAGGUAGCAGCUAAAGCUCUGGAGACAGCAGUGUUUGGUGCUUAUUACAACGUCAUCAUCAACCUCAAGGACAUCACUGACCAGACGUUUAGGAGCAUCAUGGAGGAGAGAGCAUCUGUGCUGCUGAAACAGGCUACUGAGAGUGUUAAUGAAGUACUGGAGGCCAUCAACAAACGCCACUGAACACACACACACACACACACACACACCACAGCAUGCAGAAGGGAAGGGUGUGUUGCUGUUCCACUUGAUUGUGAACAUUAGGACAUGACUGAAAUACACAGUAAUAAUUAGUGAUAAGCAGAAAUAUAAACCUCCAGACUGUUAAUAAAAUCAUUUACCACUCUGA